GAUGUAGAAGCAAAUUCUCCCGCAGCACUCGCCGGCCUUAACGCACAUGAUGACUUUAUUGUCGGUGCUGACCAGGUGUUACAAGAUUCAGAGGACUUCUUUUCUUUGAUUGAAGCCAGUGAGGGGAAACCUUUGAAACUGCUGGUGUAUAACAUACAGACUGAGCAGUGCAGAGAGAUUGUGGUGACUCCCAACGGAGCAUGGGGAGGAGAGGGAAGCUUAGGCUGCGGCAUUGGCUAUGGCUACUUGCACAGGAUUCCAACGCGUCCAGUGCAGCUUAACAUCCAGAAUAAAAGUGUUCUUCCCCCGACGGUCAGUAGUAGCAGUGAAGAACAAGUUGCAGUUGAACGCACUGAGGUGCCUUCUGUGGCUGAAUGUAGUCCACCUACUGAAACAGACUUGAAUCAAAUCGAAGGAGGUAUGCAGGAGCUGAGUGUGAGCUCACCCACACAGCAGGCUGCAAACCCAGAUAUUUCCAACACACCCGAAGUGAUGACUUCAGAUUUGUCAGAUGCCGUUUCCACUAAUGGCGAGGGCCACACCUCCAUGUUUGCUAAUUAUGGAGAUGACUCGGGCGAUCAGUGUAGCCUGGAUAAUUCAUCUGUUGACCAAAGACCUUCAUCUCCAGAGAGGGAAGAAAAACCAGACAUUCAGGAAUCUGAGCAGGGCUGUGAUGUAGAUCUGACCACCAACGCAUCUGCACAUGACAGUACUGGCCUUGAAGCUACCACAGAGAGCCUAAGUGUUACAAGUAACCCAGAGAUGCAAGAUCCUAGUUCAGAGCCUUCAAGCUCAGACCUCAUUACCAGAGAAUAAGUAACUGUCAAGCUAGUUUGCAUAACAAAAGAUGAAGAGCACAUCGUGUUACAGAAAAGCUUCCGUUAUGAUUGUAAGUUGUAUCACUGGAACUAUUUUUAGCUUCCCAGAAUUUUAUUUCUAUACCAGUGCCAUUGCUGCAUGCUAAAUUGCACAUUUAAGAAUGAUAUUAUUUUGACAGGUAAGACUAGAAAUACAGAUGGCUAAUGCAAUAUGAAUGUAUUCUAUAAUUUAGGCACACUAUAUGUUUAAACAUCAAACAAGAUGAAGAAUUAGCUAAGUCCAGAUGCUGCUGAAAACCUUCCUUGUUUUAAAAAAAAAAAAGAAAAGACAAAGGUUAAAAAAAUAAUAUUUAGUCUUGUUGCUCUUACCACCAUCACCUUAAAUAGUUUGAAACACUGUAGAUGAAGAAAGCUUGACCUGGAGUUCACACAUAUCCAUGUGGGUUUACUUUUUAGGUUUUGGAAUUGGGGUUUAUGUUUCUAUCUUCUCGUGGGUACGACGAUUUUUUAAUCUCAGGCUUUUACCAUUUUAGCCUUUAUGCCUUUAUGUCUCGUUUGAAAUCUUUUUUUAUAUGUAAGUUUGACUUUUGAUCGGUGGACAUGAGUGAGCUAUGUGUGAUGCGUAGUUGUUGUCUGUCUCGUCUCUUGAUAUCAGUUUUAAUUAAAUUAUGUUUCUGAUCUGUAUGGAAGGAUGGGAAAUAUACAGAUAUUUAUAAAAACAUGGUCAAGGUAAA